UGUCAAAAGCGACGUCAGCUCGAUUUGACAUGCCUCGCAGGAAAUCCACGAGCGAUGUUUCCACGCAAACGGGCCGGCUCGAUCCGGUGGUGAUGUUGGAGAGGCUGCCCGAGGAAAACGGCGCGCUCGCGGCGCUGCCGAAGAGGAUACCCAAGCGAACUCGGUGCAUAUGCAAGCUGCCGAAGCGGUACUGCCAAUUCGCCGAGUCCAUAAGCAACGAGUGCGCGAUGAAUUCCACGUUGCAGGAGAGGAAGCGGCCGCGCAGAGGGAGCAGAAGUAGAGCCGCGAAAGGUAGGAAGAAGAAGGUGAAGUUCAGCGCGCCCGCGGCUGAGGAAAACAAAGCGGAAGAGGAGGACCUGGAAGUGCCGGUGAUGUUGGACGAUGCCGGUGAUGAUUAUCUUCUUAACGAGUGCUCGCCUUUGUUGAAUUUGGACGCGAUCGAACAGGACACGGAGGAGUUGGUGUUGUCGUUCGAUGAGGAGGAAUUGUUCAGGAGUUUUCAAGAAGAUAAUAAUAAAGUAGUAAAUAAGGAAGAAACUCGAAAGCGGUGUAAAGAUAGCGUAGAGAAGCAAGAGGAAACGUUGGAAGGCAAUAUUAAAUGUACAGAAGUAUCGGCUGUUAAUAUUCACAUUCACUGCCAUUUUUACGAUUAAGUUUUAACGGGACAUUUUAACGAAUAAAAGUUU